UUGAUUGUCAUUUAGCAGUUGCCAGCUUGUGUCAGAUAAGCGGUGUGGUUGAGGUUACAAAAUAUGAAUCAAGAAUAUUGAAUUAUUUUAAUAAGAAAUUGUCACAAAUCUUUUAUAGAUUUUACAAAGCAAUAAUUUUCAUACAAAAUGGCUACGGUAUCCACGGCCCCAGCUCCUGGAAUGCAUCAAAUCGAUUUAUCGAAGUUAAAUUUGCACCAGUUGGCUCAACUGAAACAACAAUUAGAUCAAGAGCUGACUGUUUUCCAAGAUUCAUUACAUACUCUAAAAAUUGCUCAGCGUAAGUUUGUAGAAUCUGGUGAGAGUGUUGAUAAAAUCAAGCCAACAACGAAAGGCGAAACGAUCCUUGUCCCUCUUACUGGCUCAAUGUAUGUGCCUGGAAUUUUAGCUGAUACACAGAAUGUUAUAAUUGAUAUUGGAACGGGUUAUUAUGCACAAAAGGACAUUGAAGGUGCCAAAGACUAUUUUAAGAGGAAAGUAAAGUUUGUAACGGAGCAAAUGGAAAAAAUUCAAGUAAUGGGAAUUGAGAAGUCCAAAGUUCGGGAAGCAAUAGUUAUGAUGAUGGAAAUGAAAAUACAGGCGCAGGCUCAGGCACAAAAGUCAUUGACAUAACAUAGUGUUUUAAUAACAUAUUAUCCCUCACUAGUUUGUAUUAUGUAUAUUUCUAUACACUAUUUAGCAGUUGAUUUUAUCAAUUCACCACGCUAAAAAUAGACAGGUUUAUAAAAAGCUAUAAGUUAUAUGAAAUGCAGGUUCAAUUCACCAAAACAUUGAAAUGUCCUUUCCUAUAGUGCGGUUAGAUGUAUGGACUUUAGGAGUAUUCAAUUUGUAAUUUACAAUAUGAGAUUUUAAACAUCUAAAAAAAUGAGUACCUAUGUUGCAUGCAUAUAUAAUCUUCUUUAUUUAUUAAUACUGUCUUAAUUUGCUUUGAAUUUUUAUGUUUAACUUGCAAAAGUAUUUUACAGAAUUAUUGAUAAAAAUUUUGUAAAAUUAUUCAAUGCAUAUUGUGUCUUCUUAAGAUUAUAAAUUGAUUUUAAAUUACUGUGUUUUAACUGCAACAAUUAACAACAUUUCCUGUUGAAUUCAGGUAUUAUAAUUUUAAAAUGUUUUGCUUACUAAAGAAUAAAUUUUUAAAUUGUA